CCUAAGAUAGGUACCGGGGGUAGGCGGGUGGGCUGUGCGCCGCGGCAGCCUGGCUUGCAGACCUCAGACCUCAGACCUACACCUGGGGGGCGUCUGGGGGGCCCUCUGCGGCGUCUGCGGCCUACAGGCUCAAAGCUCCUGCUUCCUACUUAUCUCACUCCCUUUGCUUGGCCCCGACAUACCGGACGUACUUGUACUUAUCUGCCCCGAGACAGCUCCUCUCGAGCUCCAUCUUCCUUUCUUCAUUCUCAAUCAUCUACCCCUUCUUCCAUUUAUCCAUCUACGUCCUGUUGUUCGUUUGUGGCCGUCUUCAUAUCUGCCAUCCACUAUGAAGGGCCUUUUCGCUCUGUCCCUCGCUUGUGUUGCGAGCGCAGCACCAUCAUGGGGCUCAUCCGCUGAUGUAGCACCGCUGGUGGUUUCCGGUGAUGCUGAGCACAUCCCCAACUCCUACAUCGUCAAGUUCAAGAAACACGUCACAUCGUCAAGCGCCUCUGACCACCAGUCAUGGAUUCAGGACAUCCACGCUGAGGCUGAGGACACCCGGCGGAUUGAGCUGCGCAAGCGUGGCCAGACCACUCUUGGUGACGACAAUAUUGUGUACAAUGGCUUCAAGCAUGCCUAUCAAAUCGGUUCCGAUUUCUUGGGAUACUCUGGCCACUUUGACGACUCCGUCAUCGACCAGAUCCGCAAGCACCCUGACGUCGAGUACGUCGAGCGGGAUCAGAUUGUUCGUGCCCUCAAAGAGGCCGAACCAGUGACGGAGAAGAAUGCCCCUUGGGGUCUGGCUCGUAUCUCCCACCGAGACAGCCUGUCCUUUGGUACCUUCAACAAGUACAUCUACGCCGAGGAUGGUGGCGAGGGUGUUGAUGCCUACGUUAUCGAUACCGGUACCAACACGGAGCACGUUGACUUCGAGGGCCGUGCCCACUGGGGCAAGACCAUCCCCAGCGGUGACCAAGAUGUCGAUGGCAAUGGUCACGGCACUCACUGCUCCGGUACCGUUGCCGGUAAGAAGUAUGGUGUCGCCAAGAAGGCCAAUGUGUACGCCGUCAAGGUGCUGCGCUCUAACGGCAGUGGCUCUAUGAGCGACGUCAUGAAGGGUGUUGACUGGGCGGCUGGCGCUCACUUGGACCAAGUCAAGGCGGCCAAGGACGGCAAGCGCAAGGGCUUCAAGGGCUCCGUCGCCAACAUGUCUCUUGGUGGUGGCAAGUCCCCGUCUCUCGACCAAGCCGUCGAUGCUGCCGUCGACGCUGGUCUUCACUUCUCCGUCGCUGCUGGCAACGACAACGCCGAUGCUUGCAACUACUCUCCCGCCGCUGCCAAGAAGGCCAUCACCGUUGGUGCCUCCGCCCUUGAUGACAGCCGUGCCUACUUCUCCAACUGGGGCAAGUGCGUCGACAUCUUCGGCCCUGGUCUGAGCAUUCAGUCGACAUGGAUUGGCAGCAAGACUGCGAUUAACACCAUCUCUGGUACCUCCAUGGCUUCCCCUCACUUGUGCGGUCUCACCGCCUACUACCUCUCCCUCCAGCCCAGCAAGGAAUCCGAGUACGGUCUUGCCACCAUCACCCCCGAGCAGCUGAAGAAGGAUAUCCUCAAGGCCGCUAGCAAGGACAAGCUGUCCGAUGUUGGCUCCAACUCUCCUAACUUGCUUGCCUUCAACGGUGGUGGCAAGAGCAACUACACUGAUAUCGUCGAGGCUUAAACUUGUAGCAUGUGCAUAAAUACAUGGAAUCAGCCUGCCUGGUUAGGCAGCAUGGGUUACGCAUAGGAUCAGCUGGGCAUAUUUUUCCUUUUUUGUUUGUUGAUUAGUCGUUGCAAAUGCCAAUUAAUCUUACCUUCA